AUGACCGAGUUUGGAUUGGGUAUUGCAGAUGUAAUAUUGGAGGCUCAGAUUCCGUCAUAUUUCAUGUCUGGAAGCAGUAAUUUAGCAAGAGACGUCAAAACGACACUGUCGUUUGUAUUGGUGGCCACAACAGUGUCAUUAACCUUCCUCAUUGGAUACAGGAUACACUCUGUUUCGCGCACCAUUGGUAAUUUGGCAUCACGGUACACCCACAUUGUCACUAUCAUCAUGGAAUCAUCUGCGGUAUAUUCACUCGUCCUCUUUCUCUACGCCCUUACGUUUCUACCGGCAUUUGAUUCAGACAAUUUAGAGUCACCCCUCUCUCAAGGUCGUUUUUACAUAUCCGCUUCCUUAACACUAGCGUCGGGACUCGCGCCAACCGUCAUGGUCCUACGCCUUGCCUUAUCCACCACAGAUAAUUCGGCAACUAACGUUAUAACGCACAUGUCCAGUAUUAACUUUGAAACGUCGCCGAGGGAUCAAAAUCAACUCGGUACUGCGUUUAGGUUUAGAGAUGAUAAUAUCUCUUCAAGUCAGGUUGAAAGUGACGAGGCGGAGAAAACCCCCGUGGUUAAUAUUAUACCGACGUCCAAUUCAUUCAACUUAGAGAUGGUCUGA